GACUAGAUAGGCAGUCACAGUGUAGGCGGGUGACAGUUGCAGUGUCCGGGUUUUACAGAGCUGGUCAGCCUUCCUUUCCGGAAUCUCCAGUCCGGGUGCACGUGUUACUAUGUGGGAGAGACUUGUAAUCAGCAGUGCACCCGCUCCCGGGAUGGCACAGGUAACAAAUGCAGUUCACAUCUGAAGCGGAGUUUCUAGAGGAAGACGGAAAGCUUUAAUAGUUGUUGUGAAUGUCUAUUAACCCUGAAUUUCAUCACCUCCAGCACAAUGGAGACCAGUGUAGUCUGCAUAUGUUACAUGGAUACCCAGUGACUUCACUGACAAAAGUACAUGGAAAUUAUCCUUCAGUGCCUGCAAAUAGCAAGUAAGGGAACAGCAUGAAGCAGCCAGGUUUCCAGACCUCAAACCGUCACUGACACAGUUCCUUUCAGCUUAAUGAAAGAACAGAGGAAAACUCCAUGAGGACUCCACUUCAGUGAAAAGUAGUUACCUCUGCUCCAUCCAUGAUGAAGAACAGCACUGGCACUAUGCUGGAUCUUACCUUUCUAACGGAGGAAGAGUACAACAAACUCAUGAAUGUUCUGCAAAGGGAUGCAGAGCUUCAGAAGCAAGAUAGUGCCCGAAUCCAACGCCUACAGGGAACUCUCAAAGAUGAAAAGAAAAGAAAAUUUGUCACUGGUCAGUGGUUUCUUGAUGUGAAGUCCCAUCGUUUCCAGGAGGAUCUCCAAGGAUCUGACCUUCUGCGGGCAUCAAUUCGGAAGAAAAAAAAUCAAAAGCAAGGCAAUGGAAGCAAGAAGGGCGGUGCAGAACAUCAGCAGAGCUCUUUUCCAAUAUCUAAUCUUCAUGUGGAACAAGGAAAUGAAAGGGUGAGAGUUGUUGUAGAUGAAUCAAUUGCCUUAAAAACUUCACCCCAACAAAAUGCAGCUUCAGCUUUGCCAUUUGAGCCAAUCAUGGCCAGUUCCUCGGAAGAGAGAAACACCAUAGAGGACUUGUCUCUGGUGGGAUUAAGGCCAUACAAGACAUCUAACAUACCAGAUCUGUAUGACACAGGAUGGCAAGGAAUGGUGCCCUGUGCACUGGCAGAUGUGUUUGAUGAAAUUCCAUCCGUGCCAGAGGAAAGAAAUAUAGGGGCGGAAGGCAGCAGCUCCUGUAAAAUACCAGUUAAACGAAGGCAAAGCAAAGAAGUCUAUUGGACUGAACCAAUGCCACACAAAGAUCAGUCAAAUAUCUCUACAAAGCAGAGAGAAAAUUCUAGGCAUUCAGGCCCAUCUUCCCCAGAUGCAGAAUCUGGUAAAGAUAUAAAAUCUGUUUCAAACUUCACAGUUCAGUCAAUGAAAGACAAAACUGGAGAUCAGGAAACCAAACUAGACAAAGGACAGUUUAAGUCACUGAAGAAAUUUUGGGAAAAAGGAGGGGAUAUCUCAGCAGGUAUGAAUAGCUCUUCAGAUCACGAGUCGGCAAAUACAAAGCAUGUACAAUGGCCAGCAGCAAUUAAUACAGUCUCAGUGCAGUACAGCAGGAAACAGAAUGGAGAGGUGAAGCAGAUUACUGAGCAGCCAUAUAAACUUAAGAGCUUCUCUCAAAGAGCUCCAGUUGUAUCUUCCAGUGAAGAUGAGAUGGUCCAUGUGAAUCCCCCAAGAAAGUCUCCAUCUUCCAUGAUACCAAGAUCAACUUAUAACAAAGGCAAGGGCUCCCCCAUUUCAAAAAAUGCAUCUCUGUCUGAAACUAAUGGAACAGCCUCGCCAAAUGAAGAGAGCAGUGGCAGCAGCAGGUCUUUGAAGAGAUCAAAACUCCCCGUCAGAUUGCCUUCAAUAAGCAAAGAGACCAAGGUGGAUGUUAUUCCUUCCCCAAAAGAGGAUAAGCUACCAAUUGUCUCUGAGCCAGAAAAAGCAAGUUGCAAGGAAGAAGCUGUUACACCAGAAACCAAACCUGAAGUAAAGGAGACACCUUACAGUAAUGUCCAAAUUUUAAUUGAUACGGUCACCUCUGAUGAAGAACAAGGGACAACAGCCAUUGUUGAAGCUAAACGAAGAAGUGAAGAUGUGGUGGAAAAUGCCAUAAGUAAAAGUGAAGAAGGUAAGGGCUUAGAGAGAAACGUUGAUUUAAAUCCUGCAUCUCAGACAAGUGGUGUGACUAGUGCAAGAAGCUUGGUGAAUAUUUAUACAAGCACAGACACCUAUAAUAAACCUCAGACUUUAAGUCAUCAGCUUCUGGAGCCUGAGCGAGCCAAAGAGCUAAGCAGAUCAACUCCUGCCCUUCUCUCUGAGACUGAAUCAGACACUGCAUCUGAAAUCAGCUUCCAGCUAAAGAGGCACAGAAAGACUCACAGCAGUGACAGCAACUCUUCUGACAUGGCAUCUGUCUCCUCGGUCAGCAAUAGUGUCCUCAGUGUGUACAGUGGGGAUUUUGGCAGUGUGGAUGCACAGGGAGCAGUAGAGUUCUCCUUGGGUUAUGAUGAGAAGAAUCGGGAGUUUCAGAUUAACGUAUCUCAGUGCAGAGACCUGGCUAUAGUGGAUGAGAAGAAAAGCCGAUCUGACCCGUAUGUCAAGACUUACCUGCUUCCAGAUAAAGCCAGAAUGGGAAAGAGGAAAACAUCUGUAAAACGAAGGACAAUAAACCCAGUUUACAAUGAAGUUUUAAAGUACAAAAUAGAAAAAAUGGUUUUGCUGAUCCAGAAAUUGAAUCUGUCUGUGUGGCACAAUGACCCACUUGGCAGGAACAGCUUUCUUGGAGAAAUGGAGGUUGACCUCACCAGCUGGGACUGGAGUAACACAAAGGCAAACUGGUAUCCUCUGAAACCAAGGAGUGUCUCUGCCAUGAAUGGUGUGGAUCACUUAGGUGUUAUGAACUUGUCCAUUAAAUACAUCCCUCCGGGAAGUCUUGGUCCAAAACAUCCAACCUCAGGGGAGGUACAUAUCUGGGUAAAGGACACAAAAGAUUUACCACAGCUGCGUCCUUCUGGUGUGGACUCAUUUGUUAAAUGCUAUGUACUGCCUGACACAAGUAAGAAGAGUUACCAGAAGACAAGGGUAAUUAAGAAGGAUUCCAACCCUGUCUUUAACCACACAAUUGUGUAUGAUGGCUUCCACACAGAAGAUCUGAGGGACGCAUGCGUUGAGCUGACUGUCUGGGACCAUGAGAAGCUCAGCAAUCAUUUCCUUGGAGGAAUCAGACUUGGCCUUGGCACAGGUUACAGUUACGGAAUAGCAGUGGAUUGGAUGGAUUCCACCCAGGAAGAAGUGGCUUUCUGGCAGGAAAUUAUGUCAACCCCAAACGAGUGGAUUGAAGGAUCACUUCCCUUGAGGUCUCUAGCUGGAAAACGAAAGUUCAAAUGAGUCUGUCGUAUAAGACCUAGCACCUCAGAGCUGCUAUACGAUGCAUUUUAAAGCAAUGUACUGUGUAUAUUGUUUACUCUGCAUUCUGACUUUAAAAGCAUUCACAGGAUAAAGCUAUACAUAGUUCCACUGCCUGGUACAGAUGAGCUGCCUAUGUCUAUGCAUGGCAGGGAAUAUGAUGCUUUUGAUGCCAAAGCUUUGGAACCCUAAUAGUGUCACAUGCUAGGAAGCUCCCUUGGAAUUAUUGCUACAUGAUUGCCUUGAGAUCUCAGCAACAGACGUGUAAGCAAUUCAAAUCACGAAUUUGGGUAAAGGAACUGAAUUUUACAGAAUUUGGGUAAAGGAACAGGACUUUACAAAACUAUCAGCAGAUGAGACAAGUAAAAAAAUAUUUUUCUCCAAAGAUAAAGAAGAGAGAAGAUCUGUUGAUAAUUAUCUAAAUUAUGAUACAUUCCAUGACUGUUAGAAGAGCUUAUUUUUGGAAGUACACAAACUUUGCAUUCUCUAAGCAAGUAAGUCUUUAGCCAUUUGUUCAUGGAGUAAAUAAUAUUGGGCAAAUAAAUUAAUAUAUUAUUAUUCUAUUCAGGGCUGUCCAAUCUGAGGCCUACAGGCCUACAGUAGCCCUUCAAUAGAUGUUUUGGCUACCUGUCUGAUGAAGGACUCCAUAAAUGUGUAUGUAUAUCAUAAUUAAAUAAAAUACAAUAGUUGAAUGUUUGGUAUAAGAAAUGUUGGCCCCCAGAUCUAGAUUAGUGCAGACUUCUGUUCUUAUCCUAAAGUCAGCAAAACUUCAGUGACUAAAAAUAACUGGAACCAGGUUUGAACCACAAUAGUAGGGAUAAAAGUUACCCUAUAGCAGAAUAUCCAGAGUAAUAGGAUAUCUAUAGUUUCUCUUUUUGUAUUCUGCUUAUCUUCUAAAUUCAGUUUAUCAGAGGACAUUACUAAAGGCAUGGCUAUUGUAAUUGGGUACACAUAUUUAGAAAACAGGGAACAGCUGUAUUGUGAACAGUAUUAAUUCAGUGUAAUUAGUAUUCAGAAUCAGCAGCAUAGUACUGGACCUCACCUCCACCAUCAACUGCACCUUUCCACCACUAUUACCUGUUCGCCCCCCCCAGCUCACCCCACUUCAGUACUAGAUGUAAAAGGCAGGGGGCGGGAGGGAUGUGGAGCCCCAAAAACAAGUGAGUCCUUCUCUUUUGGGGCUGUUAGACCAAUCCCAUGUUAUUAUAAUUAUUAUUACUGCCUUGAAGAUAGUGGUUCCAGGUUAGGGGUUCUGCUCCUAUUAGCUGAUCAUGAUUUUGCUUAAAAAUGCAUUAAUUUUUCUGGUAUGUGUUAAUAAAAACAAUUGACAGUUAACAGAUAAUACAAAAAAAAAUUAAUUCUGUUAUUGCUGUUGCUACUGUCGGAAGCCAUAUUAGUGAAAAGACUCACUGGUGUUCUGCUGUGCUUAGUAGAUUAUUGGAAACUCUAUAACCUGUUCCGUGCUUAAAAAGGAUAAAUCCAGUGUCUCUCAGACACUAUGAAAUAUGUCUGGUGGGAUGGCAUGUGCAAAAUCCAUGGGGUAUUUGAACUUGUUUCAUAGUUCCUGAUUCUAUGCCAGGAAACCAUGUUCACAUAAAGAAAACAACCUUAAUUUUGGGGGACUCAUAUCUUCUGCUCAUAAUGCCAAACUAAGUGCUGUAUACUGAAGACUGUAAAUAAUUCCUGAAACUCAUCUGUGUAAAUUGAAUGAAAUAAAGGGCAAAAUGUAAAUUACUUUCACUGACA